AAUUCCGAUGUUUAUGACAAGUAAAAUGGCUCAGAGAGGAAGUCGGAUGGAUUCACAAAGAUUUUCCUGCUCCAUCUGUUUGAAUCUACUGAAGGAUCCAGUGACUAUUCCCUGUGGACACAGCUACUGUAUGAGCUGUAUUAAAGGCUUCUGGGAUGGAGAGGAUCAGAGGAGAAGCUACAGCUGCCCUCAGUGCAGGAAAAAGUUCACACCGAAGCCUGUUCUGGAGAAAAACAUUAUGUUAUCAGACUUAGUGGAAGAUCUGAAGAAGACUGGACUCCAAGCUGUUCCUGCUGAUCUCUGCUAUGCUGGACCUGAAGAUGUGGCCUGUGAUGUCUGCACUGGAAUUAAGAUGAAGGCUGCUAAGACCUGUCUGGUUUGCUUGGCCUCUUAUUGUUAUAAUCACCUCCAACCUCACCAUGACGUCCCUGGUCUGAAGAAACACAAGCUGGUGGACCCCUCCAAGAACCUCCAGGAGAACAUCUGCUCUAUUCAUGAUGAGGUGAUGAAAAUCUUCUGUCGUACUGAUCAGCACUGUAUCUGUUAUCUCUGCACUAUGGAUGAACAUAAAGACCAUGAAACAGUCCCAGCUGCAGCAGAAAGGACUGAGAAGCAGAAGGAGCUCCAGGUGAGACGACAACAAAUCCAGCAGAGAAUCCAGGACCAAGAGAAAGAUGUGAAGCUGCUUCAACAGGAGUUGGAGACCUUCAUUCUCUCUGCUGAUAAAGCAGUGGAGGACAGUGAGAAGAUCUUCACUGAGAUGAUCCGUCUGAUCCAGAAAAGAAGCUCUGAUGUGAAGCAGCAGAUCAGAUCCCAGCAGGAAACUGAAGUGAGUCGAGUCAAAGAGCUUCAGGAGAAGCUGGAGCAGGAGAUCACUGAGCUGAAGAGGAAAGACGCUGAGCUGGAGCAGCUCUCAGACACAGAGGAUCACAACCAGUUUCUCCUCAACUACCCCUCACUGUCAGCACUCAGUGGGUCUACACACUCAUCCAGCAUCAAUAUUCGUCCUCUGAGAUACUUUGAGGAUGUGACAGCAGCUGUGUCAGAGCUCAGGGACAUAAUACAGGACAUCAUGAGAGAUGCAUGGACAAACAUCUCAGAAAAAGUCAUUAAAGUGGAUGUUUUACUGUUAGAACCAGAACCAACGACUAGAGCUGAAUUCUUAAACUAUUCACAGGAAAUCACUCUGGAUUCAAACACAGCAAACUGUUAUCUUGUAUUAUCUGAGGGGAACAAAAAAGUAACAUUUAUGGAACAACAGUCUUAUUCUGAUCAUCCAGACAGAUUCACCGAUUGGCUUCAGGUUCUGAGUAGAGAGAGUCUGACCGGACGUUGCUACUGGGAGGUGAAAUGGAGAGGAGAAGGAGUUUAUGUAGCAGUUUCAUAUAAGAACAUCAGCAGAGCAGGAGGAUUAAAGGAAUGCUCAUUUGGAUUCAAUGAAAAAUCUUGGUCAUUAUAUUGUGACACAGACUGUUAUGAAUUUUGGCACAACAACAUAAAAACUACAUUAUCAGGUCCAGUUUCCUCCAGAAUAGGAGUGUAUCUGGAUCACAGAGCAGGUAUUCUGUCUUUCUACAGCGUCUCUGACACCAUGACUCUCCUCCACAGAGUCCAGACCACAUUCACUCAGCCUCUAUAUGCUGGUGUUAAACUUUAUAUGCCUGUCGUUUAUUCUGGCGGAAUCUCUGCAGAGGUUGUUAAACUGAAAUAAUUGGAAUUGAUUUAAGCUCCAGUUGGUUAAAAUUUGUAAUUUAGUUUAUGUUUCUAUAGUCAUCAUCAUUAUUGCUGAGAGAUCAUUAUGUGAUUUAUUUUACUGCUCAGAGAUCAGCUGUUGUUAUGGAGCUACUUUGUCUUCUUUUUUAUUGUUUUGUUGAUGUUGGGGUUUAUUAGGGUGCUGUCCCCUCGGGUUUCUGUUCAGACAUGGAGGCUAUCACUACUCAGGAGGAUUUCUAUUCAUCUAAUCUAACAACAUUGACAUUUAUUGCUUUGUCAGAUGUUUUUGUAAAACUCCAUAUGCAGAUGAGAUGAUAGAAACUGUAAAUAUUAAAAGUGGUG